UGUACAAACAAAAAGUGCAUUACGCACCCCCAAAUGAAUUCUAUCUAAACCAAUAUUUUAAUAUUCCAAUAAUACCCUCCACCUCAUAUUUACGAAUAUUUUAAAAUUUUUUUUUGGCCCCAAUUAUUUAUCCUCCACGCCAAAGAAACAAACCCUAGAACACAAAAUUAAAUUCCCAAAGUGUGAUUUAGAAUUCUCCAGAGAUCAAAACACAAAUUAGGAAUUUCUGAGAUCGAGUUUUUCCUUCAAUUUUGAUUGCAGGUUGUGAUUUCUUGUGUUCAAUAUUGCUCAUAAUGAGGCUCAAAAGAGGGAGUAAAGUAGAUGUUAUGAAUAAAAGGGGUGAUCCAGUCACGCGGCGUAUGGCUGAGAUACUAGCUGUCAAUGGCCAUACUUAUGACGUGCAAUAUGAUUGUUAUCCAGGUAAUGCAACUCAGCCGCUGGUGGAAAGGGUAACAAGGACAUUAUCGAGGCCAUGCCCUCCUCUCGUGGAAGGUCUGGAGAAUUGUAUAGCCGGAAGCAUUGUGGAGGUGUUCGAUGACUGCUUAUGGAAGAUUGCCGUGAUCUUGAAAGUUCUGAAUGGCAAUCAAUAUUUAGUAAGGCUUCUCGGGUGCUCUCUGGAAUUAAUAAUCAACAGAUCAAAUGCUAGGAUUAGACAAACUUGGCACAAUGAUGGGAAGGGUUCCAAAGGAUGUGAUGAUGAUGGAAAAGCUAGCAUGCUGUUGACUUCAGAUUGUUAUCAAAAGAAGAGCUUUCAGGCCCCAGAAGUUAAUGCGAUGGAUAAAAAUCAAGCUCAAAAGUAUGGUGUGCACAUUAAGAGUGAUGCUGGAGUACAGGAAUCUCAUCUAGUAUCGCCGAGGUCCCUGAAGAGGGUGUCCCCCAUCUGCUCAGCUGUUAUUGAAGCAAAUAAUGGACAUGUCCAGAAGAUAAGAGCAAUUGAGAAAGAAGAAAUGAAGAAUAGGGUAGUUUCUGACCCCAUAAUUGAAAAGGUAGAUGCUCUUUCUUACCCAAGAGAAAUCCUGGGUGAGAAACACAUGCAUGCUUCCUUUAACAAUAGAUCAUAUGGAUAUAAUCAAAUGGAGAGGCCUAAACAAACUGAUAUUUAUGGCUAUAGUGGAUUGAGAAGCUCAGAAUUUAAUAAUUCUGAUAUUGAUGCCUGUUCCGUUGGUAGUUGUAGUGUUAAUAGUGAGAGUCCAAACAACUACUAUAGUCAUGUCAUACCAGUACUGUGCCACGUGACAGAUACUCCUUCCAGUGAUGCGGAGUGGUGUUAUGGUCCAGGCUCAGGCUCUGAGGGAAAAAAGGGUCUGCGUCUCCCAAAAGAAGUGGAAGCCAGUAUCCAUAGGUUAGAGUUGCAUGCUUAUCAUAGCACUCUGGAAGCAUUGUAUGCUUCUGGGCCCUUAAGUUGGGACAAAGAGGCAUUGUUGACAAAUCUUCGUAUCAUGCUCCACAUUUCAAAUGAUGAACAUUUGAUGGAGCUGAAGAAUCUAAUUUCUAGUAAAACGGGUGCACAUGUCAGAUAAUGUUGAACCAGUGUUUUUAUUUAGUUUUUUGUUCAGCAUAGGAUUUAAUCCUUUCAUUUUCUAGUUCAACAUUGUAAGAAAGAUGACCUGUUACAUUGUGUAUCCUCUGUCUUAGUUGUUAGCUCUGUGAUUAUCUAGAAAGUGAUAUUUGUAACUAUGACAAUGUCUCACAUUCUUAUUGAUAAAAUAAUGUAUACAAUUGUU